GAUUCACAUUCGAUGAUGACAAUGAUGACAAGGCAUACCAAUCAGCCACUGAUCCGUUGCUCCCUGGAUCAACGAUCACACUCAAGAAGAAGAGUGAUGGCUCUGUGGUUGACACUCAGGUGACCACUGCCACCAACCCAUCGUACACAUUCAAGGAUGUAGUCGUUGGGGACUACUGCAUGUCUGCCUCUAUCCCAGCUGGCUACAACCGUCUCACAGUUGUCAACACAGACAACUCGUUCAACGCGGACAACUCGGACUUCUGCUUCACCUUGUCUGCUGACACUGAUGUCAAUGCUGGUUUCAAAGAGAAGGUGUUCACCAUCAAAGGAUUCUCAUAUGAUGAUGCCAACUUGGACAAGAAGUACCAGGUUACUGAUCCAUUGUUGGCUGGCUCGACCAUCACACUCAAGAAGAAGAGUGAUGGAUCUGUCAUUGGCACUCAGGUCACCACAGCAACCAACCCAUCAUUCUCAUUCACAAGCAACAAGGCUGGUGACUACUGUAUGUCGGCCACUGUACCAACUGGAUACGUCCGUCUCGAGGUCACCAACGCAGACAAUGCAUUCAAUGUCGAUGGCACAGACUUCUGCUUCACACUCUCCGCGGACACCGAUGUCAAUGCUGGCUUCAGGAAGCCACCCCGCCAGGUCAGCGGCUAUGCAUACGAUGAUGAGAACCUGGACAAACAACGCCAACCAUCUGAAGCCUUCCUCGCUGGGUCGACAAUUACACUCAAGAAGAAGAUUGAUAACUCUGUGGUAGCGACUCAGGUGACCACUGCCACUGACCCAAGCUACCGAUUCAAUAAUCUUGACGAUGAUGACUACUGCAUAUCCGCCUCGAUCCCAACUGGAUACCUGCGCGUUGAUCAGAUUAACUCUGACAACGCAUUCAACAUUGACAACUCAGACUACUGCUUCACCCUCAACAAGGACACGAUCAUCAAUGCUGGCUUCAGGAGGCCAACGCAUGGAUUGGUUGGUUAUGCAUUCGAGGACGACAACAACGACAACACCUUCCAGCCUACCACCGAACCAUACGUGGCCGGCUCAACCAUCACACUCAAGUUCAAGAAUGGCACUGUUGUGGGCACACAGGUCACCACGGCCAAGGACCCAUCAUACGCAUUCGACACUUUGAAGGAGGCUGAAUAUUGUAUUUCAGCCUCGAUACCAACAGGCUUCAAUCGCAUUGGUGUCAUCAACAAGGACAAUGCAUUCAAUGAUGCAGGAGACGACUACUGCUUCGCACUCUCCACUGACACCUUUAUCAAUGCUGGAUUCAGGAGGAAGGUGUUCCAGAUCAAGGGUUACGCCUUUGAUGAUGACAACCUGGAUGAUACCUUCCAGACUGCCACCGAGCCUUUGGUCGCCGGAUCGACCAUCACACUCAAGAAGAAGAGUGAUGGUACUGUGGUCUCCUCGCAGGUUACAACGGCAACCAAUCCUUCAUACACAUUCAAGGAUGUACCUUAUAAUGACUAUUGCAUGUCCGCAUCAGUACCAACGAAUUACAACAGACUCGGUGUGGUCAACACAGACAACUCAUUCAACGUUGAUGGAUCUGACUUCUGCUUCACAUUGUCUGCCGACACUGAUAUUAAUGCUGGAUUCAGGAUCAAGAGGUUCGCGAUCAAAGGUUACUCAUUCGAUGACUUCAAUGAUGAUAUGUCAUUCCAGUCUGCCACUGAGGAGUUGGUUGCUGGAUCGACUAUAACAUUGAAGAAGAAGAGCGAUGGCACUGUCGUUGGCACUCAAGUGACCACAGCAAACAACCCAUCAUACUCAUUCAAGGAUAUUCCAGUUGGAGAGUACUGCAUGUCUGCCACAGUGCCAUCAGACUACAACCGUCUCACAGUGGUCAACACAGACAACUCAUUCAAUGUUGAUGGAUCAGACUUCUGCUUCACCUUGUCUUCUGAUACUGACGUCAAUGCUGGAUUCAGGAAGAAGAGGUUUGAGAUCAGAGGAUUCACAUUCGAUGAUGACAACGAUGACAAGAGAUUCCAGUUAGCCACCGAACCAUAUGUUGCAGGCUCCACCAUCACACUCAAGAGACCUGAUGGCACUGUGGUCACAACACAGGUCACCACGGCAUCCUUCCCAUCAUACUCACUCAAGGAUGUCAUCGUUGGUGACUAUUGCAUCUCUGCCUCUGUGCCACCCGACUACAACAGACUCUCAGAGUUCAAUGCAGACAACGCAUUCACUGAUGCUGCACCUGACUACUGCUUCAAACUCUCUCGAGACACAAUCCUCAAUGCUGGAUUCAGGAAGAAGAGAGUUGUGAUCAAAGGAUUCGCAUUCGAUGAUGACAACAUUGACAAUCAAUUCCAGCCUUUGAUCGAUCAUUUGGUUGCUGGAUCCACUAUCACACUCAAAAAGAAGAGUGAUGGCUCUGUCGUUGACACCAAAGUGACCACAGCCACCAACCCAUCAUACACAUUCAAUAAUGUUGUUGUUGGCGAUUACUGUCUGUCCGCCUCUGUGCCAAAUGACUACACACGACUCUCAGUCACCAACACAGACAACUCAUUCGAUCCAUCCGGUGCUGAUUACUGUUCCACCAUUUCAGCGGACACUGAUAUCAAUGUUGGAUUCAGGAUCAAGAGAUCUGAGAUCAAAGGUUAUGUGUUCCAGGAUGAUAAUACUGACAACACUUAUCAAUCUACCGAGCCAUUUGUUGCCGGAUCAAUCAUCACACUCAAGUUCAAGAAUGGCACAGUCGUAUCCACACAGACAUCCAUGGCAGCAAACCCAUCAUACUCAUUCAUUGAUGUCCCGGCUGGAGACUACUGCAUGUCUGCGUCCAUCCCAUCAACAAGUUACCUCCGACUUGACGUUGUUAACUCAGACAACUCAUUCAACGUUGAUGGAUCAGACUUCUGCUUCACAACCAGUGGAACAGGCAAGGAUGUCAAUGCUGGAUUCAAGUUGAAGAGGUUCCAGAUCAAAGGAUAUUCAUUCGACGAUGCCAACCUGGACGACUCAUUCCAAACUGCCACUGAUCCUCUGGUGGCUGGAUCGACAAUCACACUCAAGAAGAAGAGUGAUGGCACUGUGGUCUCCACGCAGGUUACAACAGCCAACAACCCAUCAUACUCAUUCAAUGAUAUCCCAGUUGGAGAGUACUGCAUGUCCGCAUCAGUACCAACGAACUACAACAGACUUGGUGUUGUCAACUCAGACAACUCAUUCAACGUUGACGGAUCUGACUUCUGCUUCACAUUGUCUGCAGACACUGAUGUCAAUGCAGGAUUCAGGAUCAAGAGAUUCGAGAUCAAGGGUUAUUCAUUCGAUGACUUCAAUGAUGACAAGUCAUUCCAGGCCGCCACCGAGCCAUUGGUCGCCGGAUCCACCAUUACACUGAAGAAGAAGAGUGAUAGCUCUGUUGUCGGAACUCAAGUAACCACAGCCACCAACCCAUCAUACUCAUUCAAGGAUAUUCCAGUUGGAGAGUACUGCAUGUCUGCCACAGUGCCAUCAGACUACAACCGUCUCACGGUUGUCAACACAGACAACUCAUUCAAUGUUGAUGGAACAGACUUCUGCUUCACAUUAUUGUCGAACACUGACGUCAAUGCUGGAUUCAGGAAGAAGAGAUUCGAGAUCAGAGGAUUCACAUUCGAUGAUGACAACGAUGACAAGAGAUUCCAAUCCGCCACUGAGCCAUAUGUUGCAGGUUCCACCAUCACACUCAAGAGAUCUGAUGGCACUGUGGUCACCACACAGGUCACCACGGCAUCCUUCCCAUCAUACUCACUCAAGGAUGUCAUCGUUGGUGACUACUGUAUCUCUGCAUCUGUGCCACCCGACUACAACAGACUCUCAGAGUUCAAUGCAGACAACGCAUUCACUGAUGCUGCACCUGACUACUGCUUCAAACUCUCUCGAGACACAAUCCUCAAUGCUGGAUUCAGGAAGAAGAGAGUUGUGAUCAAAGGAUUCGCAUUCGAUGAUGACAACCUGGAUAACCAAUUCCAGCCUUCAAUCGAUCAUUUGGUCGCUGGAUCUACCAUCGCGCUCAAGUACAGGAAUGGAACUGUUGUUGACACCAAAGUGACCACGGCCACCAACCCAUCAUACACAUUCAAUAAUGUUGUUGUUGGUGAUUACUGCCUGUCCGCAUCAGUUCCCAAUGACUACACACGACUCCCAGUCACCAACUCUGACAAUGCAUUCGAUCCAUCCGGUGCUGAUUACUGUUCCACCUUUUCAGCAGACACAGAUAUCAAUGUUGGAUUCAGGAUCAAGAGAUCUGAGAUCAAAGGUUAUGUGUUCCAGGAUGACAAUGCUGACAACACAUACCAAUCUACCGAGCCAUUUGUUGCCGGAUCGGUCAUUAUACUCAAACACAAGAAUGGCACAGUUGUAUCCACACAGCCAUCUACCACAUCAAACCCAUCAUACUCAUUCAAGGACGUGCCAGCUGGGGACUACUGCAUGUCGGCCUCAAUCCCUUCAACAAGUUACCUCCGACUUGACGUUGUUAACUCAGACAACUCAUUCAACGUCGACAACUCGGACUUCUGCUUCACAACCAGUGGCGUGGACAAGAAUGUCAAUGCUGGAUUCAAGUUGAAGAGGUUCAAGAUCAAAGGAUAUUCAUUCGAUGAUGCCAACCUGGACGACUCAUUCCAGACCGCUACUGAUCCUCUGGUGGCGGGAUCGACCAUCACCCUCAAGAAGAAGGGCACUGUUGUAAACACACAAGUCACAACGGCCAACAAUCCAUCAUACUCAUUCAAUGAUAUCCCAGUGGGAGACUAUUGCAUGUCCGCAUCAGUACCAUCAAACUACAACAGACUUGGUGUGGUCAACACAGACAACUCAUUCAACGUUGACGGAUCAGACUUCUGCUUCACAUUGUCUGCCGACACCGAUGUCAAUGUUGGAUUCAGGAUCAAGAGGUUCGAGAUCAAGGGCUUCGCAUUCGAUGACUUCAAUGAUGACAAGACAUUCCAAACUGCAACUGAAGAGUUAGUCGCCGGAUCCACUAUCACACUCAAGAAGAAGAGUGAUGGCACUGUUGUUGGCACCCAGAUCACCAAAGCCACCAACCCAUCAUACUCAUUCAAGGAUAUCCCAGUUGGAGAGUACUGCAUGUCGGCCACAGUGCCAUCAGACUACAACCGUCUCACAGUGGUCAACACAGACAACUCAUUCAAUGUCGACAACUCUGACUUCUGCUUCACAUUAUUGUCGGACACUGACGUCAAUGCUGGAUUCAGGAAGAAGAGAUUCGAGAUCAGAGGAUUCACAUUCGAUGAUGACAAUGAUGACAAGAGAUUCCAAUCCGCCACUGAGCCAUAUGUUGCAGGUUCCACCAUCACACUCAAGAGAUCUGAUGGCACUGUGGUCACCACACAGGUCACCACGGCAUCCUUCCCAUCAUACUCACUCAAGGAUGUCAUCGUUGGUGACUACUGUAUCUCUGCAUCUGUGCCACCCGACUACAACAGACUCUCAGAGUUCAAUGCAGACAACGCAUUCACUGAUGCUGCACCUGACUACUGCUUCAAACUCUCUCGAGACACAAUCCUCAAUGCUGGAUUCAGGAAGAAGAGAGUUGUGAUCAAAGGAUUCGCAUUCGAUGAUGACAACCUUGACAACAAGUUCCAGCUUUUGAUUGAUCAUUUGGUCGCUGGAUCGACAAUCACACUCAAGUUCAAGAACGGCACUGUCGUUGGCACUCAAGUGACCACGGCCACCAACCCAUCAUACACAUUCAAUAAUGUUGUUGUGGGUGAUUACUGCCUGUCGGCAUCAGUUCCCAACGACUACACACGACUCCCAGUCACCAACACAGACAACUCAUUCGAUCCAUCUGGUGCUGAUUUCUGCCCCACCAUAUCAGCCGACACUGAUAUCAAUGUUGGAUUUAGGAUCAAGAGGUCAAACAUAAGAGGUUUUGCAUUCCAGGACGAUAACGGUGACAACACAUACCAGAGUGCCACUGAACCCUUGGUCGCAGGAUCGAUCAUUACACUCAAGUUCAAGAAUGGCACAGUUGUAUCUACACAGACUACAAAAGCCACCAACCCAUCUUACUCAUUCAAGGAUGUACGAGCUGGAGAGUACUGCAUGUCUGCGUCACUUCCAUCAGCUGAUUACCUCAGAGUUGGUGUGGUCAACUCAGACAACUCGUUCAAAGUUGAUGGAUCGGACUACUGCUUCACAUUCAUGGGUGUGGACAUGGACAUCAAUGCUGGAUUCAAGUUGAAGAGGUUCCAGAUCAAAGGAUAUUCAUUCGAUGAUGAGAACCUUGACAACAACUACCACGCUAGCUCAGAUCCAUUGGUCGCUGGAUCGACCAUAACACUCAAGAAAAAGGAUGGCUCGGUGGUGAACACUCAAGUCACAACGGCCAACAACCCAUCAUACUCAUUCAAUGAUAUACCCGUGGGAGACUACUGCAUGUCUGCCACAGUACCACCAACAUACAACAGACUUGGUGUUGUCAACACAGAUAAUGCAUUCAAUGUCGACAACUCGGACUACUGCUUCAGACUCUCAGCUGACACCGAUGUCAAUGUUGGCUUCAGGAUCAAGAGGGCACAGAUCAAGGGAUUCGCAUUCGAUGAUAUGAAUGCUGACAACACUUAUCAGGCAGUCACUGAUCGUUUGCUUGCUGGAUCCACGAUCACACUCAAGAAGAAGAGUGAUGGAAGUGUUGUUGGCACGCCACAGGUGACCACUGCAGCCAACCCAUCAUACUCGUUCAAGAAUGUAGCUUUUGGAGAGUACUGCAUGUCUGCCUCGGUCCCAGCUGGAUUCAACCGUCUCACAGUUGUCAACACAGACAACUCAUUCAAAGCGGACAACACUGACCUCUGCUUCACAUUGUCUGCCGACACUGACGUCAAUGCUGGAUUCAGAGAGAAGGUGUACACGAUCAAAGGAUUCGCAUAUGAUGAUGUCAACAUUGACAACAAGUUCCAGUCUGGCACUGAACCAUUGGUCGCAGGAUCAACAAUCACCCUCAAGAACAAGGAUGGAACUGUUGUUGGCACUCAGAUCACUACAGUCAACAACCCAUCAUACUCAUUCACAGGCAUCAAGGCGAGAGAUUAUUGCAUGUCGGCAACUGUCCCAGCUGGAUAUCAGCGUGUUGGUGUGGUCAACACAGACAACUCGUUCAAAGCUGAUGGAACGGACUACUGCUUCACACUCUCAGGCGACAUAGAUGUCAAUGCUGGAUUCAGGAAGCUGCUCAAGAUCAGUGGAUUCGCAUUCCAGGAUGACAAUGGAGACAACCUAUUCCAGUCAGCCACUGAACCAUUCGUUGCAGGCUCCACAGUCUCGCUCUGGACUCCAAGUGGCACGAUCGUAGACUCCAAGGUUACACAAGCAUCCAACCCAUCAUACUCAUUCACGAAUGUGCCACCUGGCGAUUACUGUAUGUCAGCAUCGAUCCCAACCAACUACAACAGGAUUCCAGUUGUCAACACCGACAACUCAUUCAAUGUGAACAACAUCAGGUUCUGCUUCACUCUCAGUGGGGUAGACAAGCAAGUCAAUGCUGGAUUCAAGCUCAAGACGUUCAACAUCAAGGGUUACUCAUUCGUUGAUGUCAACCAGGACAACCAGUACCAGCCCACCGAACCAUUGCUCGCAGGAACGACCAUCACACUCAAGAACAAGGCUGGCCAGAUCGUUGGCACCCAAGUCACAACCGACAAGAACCCCGGCUACACAUUCAACGAUGUUAAGGUUGGCGACUAUUGUAUGUCGGCGUCGAUUCCCAAUGGCUAUGCGAAACUGCCCGUCACCAACGACUACAACGCAUUCGAUGAUGAAGGCACGGACUUCUGCUUCACACUCUCAGCUGAUCAAACUGCCAAUAUAGGACUGAGGAAGCUGUAUCAGGUCAAGGGCUUUGCAUUCCUCGAUACCAACUUGAACAACAAGUACGAGUCUCAAACCGACUCCUUGGUCCCAGGCUCAAUUGUCAUACUCCGACACAAGAAUGGCACAGUUUUUGGCACGCAGGGUACCACGGCCACCAACCCAUCGUACGCAUUCCAGAAUGUACCGGCAGGAGAGUACUGCAUGUCCACCUCUGUUCCCCCCGACUACAGACGUCUCAAUGUGACAAACACAGACAACUCAUUCAAGGAUAACAUUGACGUCUGCUUCACUGUCGUUGACGCCGACAAGAUUGUCAACAUUGGAUUCAAGUUGAAGUCGUUCCAGAUCAAGGGUUAUGCAUUCGAUGAUGAGGACUUGGACAACACGUACGAGACAAAUGAGCCCAAGGUCGCAGGAUCCACCAUCACACUCAAGAACAAGGCUGGUGGCGUGGUCGACACUCAGGUGACCACGGCCACCGACCCAUCAUACACAUUCAAGGAUGUUCCAAUUGGAGACUAUUGUAUGUCUGCCUCAGUACCAACAGUUUACAACAGACUGGCUGUGACCAACAGGGACAAUGCAUUCAAGGCGGACAACUCAGACUUUUGCUUCAAGCUCUCUGCUGACACCGACAUCAAUGCUGGCUUCAGGAUCAAGAGAUUCCAGAUCAAGGGUUAUGCAUUCGAGGAUCAGAAUGGAGACAACAUCCUGCAGAACACCGAGCCCUUCCUUGCAGGAUCGACCAUCACACUCAAGAAGAAAGUUGGUGGCACUGUGGUUGACACAGAGAUCUCCGUCGAUGGCUACCCUAGCUACACAUUCGCCAACAUACCCGCGGGCGACUACUGCAUGUCUGCGACACCUCCCACCGGAUUCAAGAAUCUGCCCAUCACCAACAUUCCCAACAACGCGUUCAACGACACUGGACUGGACUACUGCUUCAAACUCAGCAUGGACCAGAAUAUCAAUGCGGGCUUCGUCAGGAAGAAGUUCCAGAUCAAGGGCUUUGCAUUUGAUGAUGACAACUUGAACAACAAGCACGAGAACCAAGACCCACUCAUCGCCGGAUCGACCGUCACACUAAAGAAGAAGAGUGAUGCCUCUGUGGUGGGCACACGGGUGACCACAUCAGACAACCCCAGCUACACAUUCAAUGACAUACCUUAUGGAGAGUAUUGCAUGUCCUCUUCAAUACCAGCUGGAUACGACCGAGUUCCAGUCACCAACUCGGACAACGCAUUCAAGACGGACAACUCGGAUUAUUGCUUCACAUUGAGCGCAAACACUGAUGUUAACAUUGGAUUCAGGAUCAAGAGGUUCACUAUCAAGGGUUACACAUUCAAUGAUUACAACUUUGACAACACAUUCCAGACGGCCACCGAGCCCAACUUGGCUGGCUCGACGAUUGAACUCAAGAAGAAGAAUGGUGGCUCGCGUGUCGGCACACCACAAGUGACCACAGCCACCUACCCCAGCUACACAUUGACCGGCAUACCUUAUGGCGAGUAUUGCAUGUCAGCAUCGAUCCCAACUGGAUUCGUCCGUAUCCCAGUGACCAACACAGACAACUCAUUCAAGUUGGACAACUCUGAUUUCUGCUUCACACUCUCAGCCGACAAAACUGUCAAUGCUGGCUUCAAGCGGCCGACUUACACAAUAAGUGGAUUUGCAUUCGAUGACGAAGGCAGCGACAAUGAUCGCACAGACGAGCCAUUCCUGGCAAACAUCGAUAUCACACUCAAGUUCAAGAAUGGUUCUCUGGUCAGCACAAAGACCACCACGGCAAACGACCCCGGUUACAAAUACGACAACUUGUUAGCUGGCGAAUACUGCAUGUCCACAACCAUGCCCACGCCUAUACAGUACUUUGAGCGUCUGGCUGUGAUCAACAAUGACAACUCAUUCGAUAAUACCAACAACUUCUGCUUCACACUCGGCGCGGACAAGUCAGUCAACGUUGGAUUCAAGAGGAAGAUAUUCCAAAUUAAUGGAUUCGCUUGGGAUGACGUCAACAGAGACAAUGUGUUCAGCAGCCCGCCAGACUACAAUUUCGGUGACCGUCUGGUAGUCAUUACGAUCAAGAGAAUGAGCAAUGGCGUUACAAAAUCAUUGGCACCUACGAACGGCGGCUAUUACUUCUACCUACCCUAUGAUGACUAUUGCAUGUCUACAACAGUUCAUCCUGGUUACCGUCGCGUGCAAGCAGUCAACCAGUACAACUCAUUCGACGACAAAAACAACUUCUGUUUCACUCUUACCGCUUCAAAGAGAGUUGAUGCUGGAUUCCAGUUGCAAUUGAUAUCACCUUAA